AAAAAAACUCCCAUAUCAACCUUCUUCUCCCUCCUCACUCUGUUUCUCAACUUUUGGCUUUUUAUUUUCUCACUCCCAAAAAUUGUUAACCUGCAAAUCGCUUCUAAUUUUGGUAAAACUCGAUACAUAAUCGUACAUCCAUACUAUAUUGAAAAAGGUAGUUAUGAACUGGUUACCUGAGGAGGAGUUCAAAGGUCUCUCAGACGAUUUCUUUGAUGAUUUCAUCAACCAUAUCGAUUUUCCACAAGAAGACAUCGAUACCAUCACCAACGGUGAGGGAGGAGGAGAUUGGGAUGCCAAAUUUCAAGAACUUGAGCCUCCCAUGGAUAUGUUUACUAGUUUUCCCUCUGAGUUCACCUCUUGUGACAUUAGCAGCAAGGCCGGGAUUCACAAGACCGUAUCUGUUUUGAAACAAUCGGGUGCUGCAGCCUUGUGUGGCAUAAAUGGCACUAUACACCAAUCUUCGUCACAUACCGAUAUCAAAGUAUCUAAGCAGUUUCAGUCUUCAAGCCCAGUUUCAGUUCUUGAGAGCAGUGACGGUUCUUUCUCCCCACAGAGAUUUACUUUCCCUGUGAAAGGCUUGAGAAGCAAGCGCAAACGCCCCACAACACUGAGACUAAUUAGAUACCUUUACCCGUUUGAAGAACCCGAGAAGUUAACCCCCCCAGUGGAAUCAGAAUCGGAGACUUACUAUUCCUAUGGCAAGAAGAAACGCAAGAGUUCAUCAGUCUCAUCCAGUUCAGAGGGAUUAAACUCUGAUCAUGGGAUAGUCUGGAAAUGCACUCACUGUGAGACAACCAAGACUCCUCAGUGGAGGGAAGGACCCAAUGGACCAAAGACUCUCUGCAACGCGUGUGGUGUCAGGUACAGAUCUGGCCGUCUAGUUCCAGAGUACAGACCAGCUUCAAGCCCAACCUUCAUCCCAUCAGUGCAUUCAAACUCACAUAGGAAGAUCAUAGAGAUGAGGAGGAAUGAAGGUGAUCAGUUACCAACAUGGUUAAUGCGGUGAUAUAGGGGACAUAAAGACAAGAAGGCAGGGAAGUUUUGAGUUUGGUGUCUGAAAGUUGAUGAUCCGCAGAAAUUGGAACUCACUCACUGCUGGAAGCUGAGAGUAUACAAGUAGGAUGCUGUUAGUGACUGUUUUUUUUAAAAAAAAAUAUCUGGUGAAGAGAGUUUAGAGUUAUAUUGUUACAUAGUGUUGUUUUAUUAUGUGUCUUCUAUCUUAUUGUGGUCUGUUGCAUUUGCAAGCACAGAAACAUGAUAAAGACGAGAGUAUAAACAGUUUUUUUUUUUUUUUUUUUGCUUAUAGAAGAACUCCCUUAAAC